GCUUAGUAGAAAAAGCCGAUCGUUUUACCACGUUGCACAUUGUGCAGCUGGAAUUGUCUACCCUAUCCGCGUUACAAAAAAAGAGCAACUGCGGAAGAUGUUUCAUGUUUCGUGGAAGAGAGCAUGUGCCAGUAAUCGUGGGCGAAACGUUUGCUUGAACAGCAAGAUUUCUACCCAGGCCCAGCACCUAAUUAAAAGAUAUACCGGAUCUUGUAGACGGCUGUUUGUCGAAAGGAAAAAUGGAAGCUUGUUCAAUACAACGAAGAAACAAAUAGAUUGCUUUUCUAGCAAAACUGCGGUUACCAUACCACCUAUUGUGACCUCCUUCCUUCUAAAAGCACGCUAUACCUACCCGUCGUCGAACCGGGAACCUAAUUCCGUACGUUCAGAACUUGCAGAAACUACAAAAGAAUCUAAACCCUUAUCAGAAAAGCUUCCUGAUUACAAACGAGUUCUCGUUACUUUGAACCGUUUUGGACCUCUUAUGCACCUCGAUCCUAUUUUACUCUUCAAACUGGCUAAAAUUUACAGACCUUAUUUUACCCUCAUUAUUCUGGCGAUUUGUAUAGCAAUCUGUAUCUUGACCUAUUUCUUCAAUUUCGAUCGCAUGAAUUUCGCGGGAAUUGAUCACAAAUAUUGGGGUGGAGAAUACUAUCGCAUACUUACAGCGCCCUUGUUCCACAUUCAUUACUUUCACUUAUUCAUAAGUUCAGGCAUCUUGCUCACUUUUGGAAUUGCAAUAGAAAUGGCGGCAGGACCUCUAGCAUUGGCUGCACUCAUUUUCAUUCCAGGGGUAGUGGGCGUGACAACAAGCUUUUAUACACCUGAGAACGCACUCGAGAUUUACAAAGAUCGCAUCCAAACCGGUCUGUGGCCCAGCCUUUGUGCCAUGGUUGCAUUUUUUUGGACCGGGAUCUAUAAACGAACGCCCAACUAUAUAAUCAACUCAUCUGGCAAGGAUAAAAUUCACAAAAUCAGAUCAAGAUUGCUCAUUCACGCUUUGUCUAAAAGAAAAAUCUCAGCUGUCUGCAUCCUUUUCCUGGGAAUUUUCGGGAAAAUACCGUUGGUCGACAACAAUCUUUAUUCUUCUGUCGCUGGAGCAUUGACGGGCGUGGCGAUGGGCAUGUUGUGGCCUAAAUACCCAGGGCUGGCUCUAUCUGCUGGACUGUCCAUUGCCGGGCUAUCUGUAUCGCUGGCCCAUUACCCGGUAUGGGAUUUACGCUUUCAAUGCUUCAACGUCGCAAAAGCCUGGGAAAGGGCCGAGUUUUUGAAGGCCAGAGAAUGGCUACGAUUAGUCGAGCGUGAGUUGUCCCAGUAUAACGUACACAACAAUUGGACGUAUAUUAUUCUCGCCUUAACAGAGAUGGCAUGUGGGCAUACCAGCGCCUCGAUGAGCAGUGCAAAGAAGGCUCGGAUUGAUGAUCUCAUAUUUCGAGAUGAGCUGCUACAAUUUAAAGAACAGUCGCUAUUUGCUUCAGAAGAGAGCAAACAGCUGCGCAAUGACAGGCUUACCACUAGACUACGUCGGCUUAUCGACAGAGUGGAAUCAAUACACCAAACGGAGCUCAGCAAUUCGGCCUGGGUCACGAUGAACGAUAGAAACGUCUAUCGAUUAUUUGAGCUCGUUUUCUUGCCGCUCGAAGGGAGAAAUUUAGAUUUGAAAGAAAUGCAAGAGAAAAUUGCGUCUGAAUACGAGGGAUUGUUUGACGUAAAGAAAUAAAGAAAGUGAUGAAUCGUCAUUGUUUAUGCAAAGCUGAA